AUGAUCGGCUCGUCGAUGCCGACGAUCGAUCGCACGGAUCCUUACGAGGCCGUCGUCGACACCUGUUUCGAGGAGCUUUUGUUUCUCGGCGUGGGGAACGACACGGGCGCGGGCUGCGACACGGCUGGACGACUGACGGUGUCGGGGAUACUGAACGACAGCGAUUACGAGGGCAAGACGACGAAUGGGACGCAGCUGAACAUCGGGAACGACGGGCUGAACAACUGGUGGGCGAUGCUGGCCCUGGUGCUCGUUCUGGGCACCGCCGCUGGGAACAUCUUGGUCUGCCUCGCCAUCGCCAGGGAGAGACGAUUGCAGAACGUCACCAAUUACUUCCUGAUGAGCUUGGCCAUCACGGACCUUAUGGUCGCCGUUCUGGUCAUGCCUCUGGGAAUACUGACCCUCGUCAGAGGAUACUUUCCCCUGCCAUCGAGCUACUGCCUCGCCUGGAUCUGCCUGGACGUGUUAUUUUGCACCGCUAGCAUAAUGCAUCUGUGCACCAUAAGCGUGGACCGUUACCUGAGUCUGCGUUACCCCAUGAAAUUUGGUCGCAACAAGACCAGACGGAGAGUCACCCUAAAAAUUCUGUUCGUCUGGGUCCUCAGCAUUGCUAUGAGCAUGCCACUCAGUCUAAUGUACUGGAAGGAGGACGACUCGUUGCUGGUGGACGGCGCGUGUCAGAUACCGGACCCCCUUUACAAGCUGAUCGGUAGCAUAAUCUGCUUUUACAUACCGCUGGGAGUGAUGCUGCUCACGUACGCGCUGACGGUACGAUUGCUGGCCGAGCAGCGACAGAAUAUCGGAGGAACUACUGGAUGGUCCUCCGGAUGGCUAGGCGGCCCUCAAGGCCCACCCCCGGGAGGGCUGGACAGAAGAGGGACCUGGAAGCGGUUUCUGUUGAGCAAAAGCUCGGCCGGAAGCGGCGGUACCCCGCAGCACACCUCCGGCACGUCCACCGACACGGAACUGACGACCCUGGACUCCCACGAACUUUGGCUACCGGAAAGCGAGCUGCCGCCGUCGGCCAUGUCCGCCCUUCACGCCUUCGGCGCUGAAAUGCUGAAGCUUUCCAGGGGCCUCGAGGGAAUCGGUAGCCCGGGUAGCUCCACGCCGGUCGGGACCCCACGAUCCACCCCCCAGCACUCCGUGCAGCAUCACCAUCAGCAACAACAUCAGCAGCACCAGUUGCAUCGGUGCAGUUUCCGACACGGAAGCGGAGAGAGUGGCGGGAGUAGCGUUUCCGGUUCGGGGACCAGCCUCUCGGCGCCCGAGGACCCCAGUUCGCCGACGCCCUGGAAGCAUCGUCGAAGAGCGUCGACGUUCAACGAGGCGCACCUGCAGCGCGCCAAGUCAACCUCCCCGAAGACGCCCAGGAAACGAUCGUUCAGCUUCCACGAGCAGCCCGUGUUCAGCAGGACGCCGAGGAAGGAUUCCUCGAACGAGGAGAACGUCCAGGGGAAGACCGUCGAGAAGCAGGAGGGCGAACUGGCCCUUCCUCCGCCGUGCACCUGCCCCUACUUCGGGGAGUCGUCGAAAAGGACGGCCCCUCAACCCUCCGGCGAGAUUGUGAUAGUGUCUAGUGAGACUAUGAAACCCAUCACGGGGAAGAAUCUCGAGACUGGUCUUUUGGGGAGGAACAACAGCAGCAGGGCCGAGUCCAGCAGGAGCUACGAGCUCAACUCUGUCGUCACGUGGAGGGGCGGCAGGAGGGGAUCCAGCUUAGGAAGCACGAGGACGUCGCUGCUCGCGUCCAGGGCGGUCCCCAUCAGACGCGCGGCGACAAUGCGAGCGCACAACGGCGCGGCGAGCAUCGGUUCGAGACAGAGCAGCAACUCCUCGUCACCGUGUCUGCAGAGAUAUCCUGGACAAGUGCGUAGCCAUCAUUCGAGAACCAGCAGCGUGGUGUCCAGGAACAGUUCCCGUCACGGUCGAAUCAUCAGACUCGAGCAGAAGGCUACCAAGGUAUUGGGCGUGGUCUUCUUCACCUUCGUGAUCCUCUGGGCGCCGUUCUUCGUCCUGAACCUGAUACCAGCCGUGUGCCCCGACUGCGAGCGACAGAUCGACCACAAGAUCUUCGACCUGGCCACCUGGCUGGGCUACGCCAGCUCGAUGGUGAACCCGAUCUUCUACACCAUCUUCAACAAGGUGUUCCGGCAGGCGUUCAAGAAGGUUCUGCUCUGCAGAUACGGGAACCAAACGUGGCGGCCGUCAAGGUAG